AUGUUUUCUUCUACAUUCAGCACCAGGGACCGUCUGAGACGGUCCAAAUCCGCGCGAUCUAUCCACAAGACCCGUCGCAUGACCGGUCCAGAAAGCGUGGGCCCAGAUAUCGCAAAGGACCAUGCGGCUGCCGCUGCGUCGUGCGCCAUGCGCCGGAGUGAAAGAGCAUCCACGGACUUCAGAGACCUCUACGACAACCACGGCGAGCCUGUAAGCACACCUCUUCCUCGGAGACACCAAAGCUCGAGCCACCAGCCUGCUGAGGAGGCUUGUCCAAUUCCUUUGACUCCGCGCCAGUCCUUGGAGAUGAACAAUGCGCCACGCAACCGUCACCAUAUUGAAGAUGUUGCAGCACUCCCUCCCAUCACAGAGACUGCAGGGUUUGAUGGACGUAAUAGCUCGCUGCCAUCGUCAUAUCGCCGUUUACGCAAAGCCAAGUCCAUGUUCUCAACCGCACAGCGAGCUCCAAAGGUCGCCUCAAUUCCGCAUGGAGGUCCUACAGAUCUCGAGCGCAGCUCGGACAUUGCAAUGCCACGAACUCUAAGGCGCUCCAUGUCUUUUCUUCGAAGUGGUAACCGCGACACCUCGAGAGCGGUUCGACGUGCCAAAAGUCAGGACGUGGCGAUUAAACUUGCUCGUCGCCAAUUCCUUCAAGACAAAGGUGAAGAUCUCGCUCAGCCCAGACGAUCUUCUUGGUUUGCUUCCAGGAGCAAGAGGGAACACAAGCCGUUCAGGAAGACAUUCCGCGCCACGAGUGAAACCGAGGCUGGCGCUGGGCCUUUUUCUGAACAAGCCCAAUCUGGACGCCCUCACGACAGGCCCCGAAUCUUCUCUGUAUCAUUCAAGAGGGGUAUCAAGCGUGUAUUUGGCUAUUCCAAGGCAGUCGAACAGCAUCCUCUGCCACAGCAAAUUAAUGAAUCUCGUGGCGAUCUAGGAUACCCUAGUCGGGCUGGAGUUGCUACAGAUAUCAAUUCUGACAGCAAACACUACAGAUACGCCAUGGUAGAACCUUUUGAUUUCUAUACACCGCAACAUCUUUCAGCUUCUCCCAGCCGCGACAGUCUUUGCACAUCCAAUUCGCGGGUUACCAGUUGGGUCGACUCGACCUCAGCAAACACCAUCGCAACACGAAAGGCCAGAAAUCGAAAAUCCCUGUCUUUGAUUGAAGAACAUGAUGAUCUGAACCAUCAGCUUGCGCAGAUGAGUGGGAUGGAGGGCAUAGAGAACUCGUCUCAACGUCCUGUUGGCAGAUCACCGGGGGCUUUUGACAGCCAGGAUUUGUAUGCAGCGUUGAUGCGGCAGAUUAACAAGAAUGCUUUAGAAGAUGAUGAAGAGAUGAUUCUUGGAGCCGUGGCAGAGCAUCGCGUUGUUCCUGAGCGUACCUCGUCGAUAAAUUCGCGGCGCAGCAGAUGCACCGUUCGUCGCGUUCCCAGCGAAGAAUCAUUCACAUCUCCAAGAUCCUUUGCAACAGCACACCGUGGUGAUUCGCUGACUCCACAAGGACGCCCUCCACGUUCAAUUGCUUUUAUCCCGCCUCUCAAAGCACCUCGAUACAUCUCGGGUCAGGAGAUUGACCGGUCUCUCGGUUCAAUCUCGGUCAAUCGACCAGUCCGUUCGACGUUUGCCGCAGUGGAAGAAUUCAACGACGGUGAAAGUAUAAUAAUCAACCGCUCCCCAGCUUUAACUGGCGAAACAGACUCCCCGAGCGUGUAUUCUCGAACUACGGGCGGCGAUACUCCCCCGAACAGCGAUGAAGAUGAUCUCCCAGAGAUGCGAGGAGAACCAGGAAUGGCAACAAUCUUUGCCAGCGAACGAACGGUUUACACUUCCCCAAAGCGCGGAUCCACCUCCGUUUCUUCAAAAUCCCGGAUUCAGCCAAGCGCAGAUUGGCAGCAAUGGAUGAAUACCCAGAUUGAGCGUAUCGAGAAGAUCUCUCCGGUCAGAGAGCAUAUCAGGGAGACUGCGCAGUUCCAAGAUAAUGAUGACGAGGUUUUCAAGACCAUGACCCAACGAGGACUCGUUGCAGCCAACAGCUCGCUCAUUGCACCUGUUCAGGGCGAGGGUGGCAACUACAUGGCGCCGGAGCACAACUCAUUGACUCAAAGCAAUUUUUCUCGUCCAUUUAGUCGAUCUUCGAGUCUACGGACGGUCAGAUUGUCUCAAAAGAUCGAGCCGGGACUCAGAGUGGCCAGCAUCGCCUCCGGUUCCGGAGGAUCAACCGCUGUCGCCGAUACGAUUGAAGGCCCGCAAUUUGUUGCCACCCCCGAGUCGCCGACACCCAAGAGGAACAAUGCCGAGUGUCGGAAACGAAUGCGCACUGAGGAGCAGUAUCGACGAUAUUCGGUGCGACGCUUGCCCAUUGCAGUUGAGGGCAAAACUGUUGUACCUUUCCGAUCCAUGCGAACGCGUCUUGACAAUCGAGGCUUGACAAAAGAGAAUGUGCGACAGCAAGACGAGCCCGACGAGAUGAUGGACAGCCACCACAAGCUUCAGGAUGGCCAUUCGACGAUCUCCAGCAAACGCAUGGUGGAGAUGUUUUUGAGCAGUCGACGCCAACUGACGGGGGCGGAGGUGCCUGGUGAGAACAAGGCCAAUGGGGCGUUUCUGUAG